UACUGUCAUUCUCCUUCUCCCUCCUUGCCGCUUGCCGUAGUUCUCAUUGUUGCUGUUUUGUGGCCGGUGUGUUUGCUAGUUUACAUUUUUGGUUGUUUCUCUCACGUAGAGCAUUUCUUUUCGAAAUUUGUCGAAUUUUACGCAGCGAAUUUUAUCAACGGAUCGAGAUAAUCGAGAUAAUUGGGAGAAAACGAAGGAGAUUUGUCGGAGGAGGUUGUCGGCGGCGGCGGGGAAGAUGGAAAAUUUGGAGGAGUGGUUGCAGGCGCUCGACGAGUUCCAGAAGAUACGUCCCACAGUGAUUCCACAAGAAUUGGAGGAUUAUUUAUGUUGGGUCGCCAAGACGGGCGAUCCUGUCUACCAAUGGCCGUUGAUCAAAACGCUCUUCAGGGAGAAACUUACUCGUGUAAUGACAGAUUUUUACGAGAACUGUCCCAAUUUAGAAUUCGCGACCUGUCCUAACGUGGAACACUUCAACUAUGACGCUAUGAAGAGCAAUCUUCUCGAGAGAUUAGAGUCAUUCGUUAACGCACCGUUUACCGUUCAGCGAAUAUGCGAGUUACUGACAUCGCCGCGUAAGGAGUACAAUCGCGUGGAUAAAUUUAUGCGCGCCAUCGAGAAGAAUAUCUUGGUGGUUUCGACGCGCGAGCCGGGCCCUAUAGCUAGACGCGGUGAAACGGGAGACGGUAUGGUGAACGGAUCCGUCGAGGAGGAUACAGCCUCGGUUACGCAGCAGCAACCACCGUUACCACCGCCUUCACCUUCACCGUCGCCUUCACCCUCGCCAUCCUUGUCGUCGUCACAGUCACAGUCACAACUAUCAUCGUCACCACCACCACCAUCGCAGCCACAGCAAACGACUCAACCGGCACAACCGACCUCUCAAGAUGUCGAGAUGGAAUAUUGGGAGAAGGACUGUACCUCAACUGUCACCAUCAGUGUGCACACUGUUGCUGAAAAUGAAACGCCUCUUCUACACAGUGAUGUACCAACCGCUGGUUCUCCGUUGACUAAAAGCCUAUUUACCGCGGACGAGACUGCUCGAGAGAAGCUAGAACAAGCCUCCUCUAGAACAGAAAUUGCAACUUCUAAUUAUAUUUCUGCCACUUCAGAGUUCUCCUCUGUGUCGAAUUUAACUUCGCAAUCACACGAACCGGUAUCGCCAAACGCAUCUAAUGUUCCCAGCGUGCAAAAUCUACCAGCUGUUGGAACAGUGAUCAAUGACAAGAUCCCCAGUGACUCACCGUCUGUCGGUGCUACUGAUAUAGCGGAGGUAAUUAUGAACGAGGACACUAACUCUCAAUCCAAUCUAGAUAUGGAAAAUGAGGAAAUUGAAGCAGCGACAACAGCGAGCUCCAUGACGACGACGAAGACGAUGACGACGACGACGGCGACGACGACGACAAUGACGACAACGACGACGUCGACAACGACGACGACGACGAUAGCGUCAACAACAUCAACGGCAGCAACAUCGACGACAUCGGCGGCAGCAACAACGACAGUAACCGUGGUGGCAACGGUAAUACCCUUAACGACAGAUACCACUCGAAAUCUACAAGCUGCUUUCCAAGCAAAACGCUUUGAAUCUGAUAACGAUAACAAGUGUUUGGAUAGUAAAUCCGAUGAGAAAGGACCAAUUCCAUCGACGAUAAUCAGCGUGGACGAGGAAGGAGUCGGGCAUUCCAUGAAAAGCGAUGAAACGGCGUUGAACAAAUUGAAUUCCGAAUGUAUGGAUUCAAACGAAACGUCUUGUAAUGAAAAUAGAUCAACCGAAAAUUUAUUACAAACGGACGUUGAUAUGAGAUCCGACACUUUGGCAAAUAAUACUGAAAGUGUAAAUGCCAAAGAAAUAGUUUCAAAUAAAUCAGAGGAAGAGAAUACAUCGAUUUUCGAAGAUACGGACAAAGAAAAUUUGCGUUCCAAGAGCGGCGACGACACAAAAACGGCAAUAUUUAUCGAAUCUGAACUUGAAGAAAAAGAGAGUAAAGUUACAUCCGAUGAAUGUAUGAGCGCAGUCAUUGUAUCUAGCAAUGAAGCAUUAUAUAAACCAGAGAAAACUGAGAUGUGCUCUAAAGAAGUGUCUGCAAUGAUUUCUUCCAAGGAAAGUUUUAUACAUGACCAAUCCAUAAGCCAAAAAUUUGAGAAUACGCAAGUAACGGAUAACGUUAUAGAAGCAGUUCCUAGAGUAGCAUCUCCCAAUAGCAACGAUAAUGAACAAGAAGUAGAGAUUACAGAAUUUAGCACGGAUAAUUUGAAAGUUAUGGAAAUUUCCAAUGACAAGGCUGCUCUUGUCGAACCUGUGGUAUCACUUUCAAUAAGUACAAUAGAAAAAUCUAAAGAAGCAACAUCUGUAAUUGAAAAAUUUGUUCCUGUUUCACCUACUGUCGAGAUGACAGAAAGUUCUGAUAAUAUCAGUUGUCAAUCUUUGAAAGAUGAAAAGUUAAUAGAAAUACAAGAUGAUAAUUUAACAAAUGCACAAGAUAAUAAAGCAACAGUGUGUAUUACGACAAAAGAAAAGCAAUCUUCUGUAAUAGAAAGUGUAAUUUGUAUAAAAAAACACGAAUCUACAGAAUUAAUGGAAGUCGACGACGAAGAAUCACUAUCGACGUUUCAACAGGAUGAACCUAUGGAGCAGGAAACAAUGGAGGAGUUGUCAAAAAGUUAAUCCUAACUUAUCUAAUCAAUCGCUGUUUCUCUCUGUUCAACAUUUGAUAUCUAUUUUUUGUAUAGAUAUUGAAAUAAGAGUCAACACAUAAAUAUCUUUGCGCAUAAACAAGCUCCUUGUGCGUCGUAUGCAUAUAAUUUCUACAACCGUUAAUUAUUAAUUAUAUGUGAAAUUUAAAUUAUGAGUAAAUAUUAAGUAGCUCUCAAUGAAGUUCUCUCGACUGAAUAGCUCCGGCGUUCACUUAUAAAGAGAUUUAUCGAAAUGAAUUUUCUAACUCUUAAAAGAAAAAAAAAAAAAAAAAACACUGCC